AUGUUGUUAUGUAAUUUUUCAUCUAUAAGUCUUGUUUCCGGUUCAAUUACUGACUCUGAAAUUGAUAUAAAUGGUUGUACAUUUUUUUGGGAUGCUAUACUAAAACAACAGAAUUUGAAACUCAUAGUUCUUAAUGGCAUUUUGAAGUCUAUGGAAGAUACCGUCAAUGACCCCAAAGUAAAUAUUAAUAUAAAUUUUAUUGAUACAUCUGGACCUAAACUUCGAAUUAAAUAUUCAUCAAGCAAUUAUGAUAAGGCAAAACCGGAUAUUUUCAUUGACAAACCUGCAAAGCAUAUUGAUACAGUCAUACAAGGUCUUAUCACGGCUGGGGGUAUGUCAAAGUACGAUAAUGUCAUACCAAAAGAAUACUACUUUAGAAAGGUGUUAGAGCCUUCGCCGAAUAUCGUUGAUGUCUUCGCCACUUUGGUGACCUCUUAUGAGGUGUUUUUAUCAGGUUUCUACGAGGACUGGACGCAGGUUAUGGCCACUGCUCAGUCGGAACUUACCAAGGCAAUGGAAGAAAGCAUUAUCACAUUGUUCUACCGAAUGUUUGAGACUAUCAAGGUGGAAAUCGAACGCCUCGAACCGUUGACAACGAGCUUGAUUGAGAAUACAAAGGGCGAUAAAGCCGCCAUCCGUAUCCAUGUUAUCAUUACACAGGAAUCUAACAAGAAAGGGCUCCAUCUUUAUGAUGAAUUUGAGGCGAACAGCAUGAUGUUGUUGCUAAAUUGUACUGAAAUCGAGUUGAUUUAUCAGAAGCAUGCCAAAACCAUUGGAAAAAAUCCUAAAAUUUAUGUUAUAAGCGUUCGCGAUACGCCUUUUCAUGAAAAACCUUUUUAUAUUGAAUAUAGUCUUUUACUUUAUGCUCUUGUGAUAUGUGUGGUUAUGAUAAUGAUUAUUGUACUCAUUACAGUUAUGUAUAUCAUCUUGAAAACAGGCAAACCUAAAAAGGAAGGGAAAAAGAAGUCUAGAUAAUUUGAAUAAAUAUUCCGUCUUUAUAUUACUUCAUCUAUAGGUAAAUUAUAAAUCAGUGAUUAUAAAUAUAAAAAUCGUGUGUUUUUGUUUUGUAGAUUAUUUCACCUAAAAGGAAUAAUUUUUUUUCUCUUCAUGAUAAUGUACUUUUCUGUAAUGAAGUGAUGUUUUUAAGUCUAUUUUCCGCUAUCUGUGAGUGUGUUUUCCGUUGAGCCGUUUUGGAGUUCCUCAAUGAUAUUAUUCACCACCCUUUCAUUUCGUUCGACAUUUACGUAAGGAAUACCGACUGUAAGGAAACGAAGGUACGGUUUAAUUGAUCCCGUAGGAAUGGAUUAGAUCUUGAACACCACGGACGUUAUUGGAUACGGUUUUCACCAGUUUAGGUGUACCCUGUGAGGUCCACGUGGGUGAUCUCGAUUCUCGAUAUUUAGUCGCGACGUCGAAUAUUGCAGAGGUAAAGGUAUUGUAGGAGGGAGUGCCGAUCGCGUCAUGGCUUCCUACCGCUGAACGCGUGAAGUGCGCCGAUGGCUUUUGCUUUCAUCGUCUGGUGGGUGGGAAGGACACCUCGAGCAUGGAGGGUGAAGAAGCUCAACUGGCUUCUUUUCAAUGGGGUAGAUGUGAGGCGUGCUGCCAGGUUAGUGAACCCAUUCACUUGCUGCGGUGUAAUUUCCUCGAUGUUCUGCGCUUAAAUAUGCCGAGCCCUCAGGAUCACGCCGUCUCUCCCUUUUCUUCUGCGUCCGCAUUUUUACCGUUAACUGGUAGAGCUGAGGAAAUUGAGCAGCUCAUUAGAAAGGGGGGGUUUCGCUCGUGUCGCGGCCACGAUCGAAAGCCAAAAAAUGUCCCCUGACCGCGUUCUCCAAAGACUUGUACAUUAUCCCACUUCUUACCUUUUCACUGCAACUGCCGCAGCUAGAGAAAAGACUAGUAAGCACUCUGAGCGAAAGAAGGGUAGGAGCGCUUAUCCCCCCCCUCCCGCCUUCCUACAUACACACUCUUUAAAUGUGAUUUUUAUCAAAAGGUGUUCUUCAGUUUCUCUCUUCUGAGAAGCAUAAUACCAAAAUUAUUUACAGCACAGUGAGCCAAACUACGGGAGUUCCCAAGUCCUACGAAAUCGUCAUAGCUACGAUUAAUUCUUAUUGAGAAUCCUUUACCCACCCAUUUAUUCACAAACAUCGACGGAAUAU